AUGGCCUAUGUUGAUUGCCAUGAAAAUUCUGUUACUUCUCCUACCUCCAUCAAUACUGUAAAACUUUUUGGUAUUAACAUUCAAGAAGAAGCUUGUUUGAAUCAAUCUCCAUCACUAUCAGAGUCACAAUUAUCUGAAUCUUUGAAUGCGAGAAAGCUAUAUGAGUGUCAAUAUUGUUGUAGAGAGUUUGCAAAUUCGCAAGCGUUAGGAGGACAUCAGAACGCGCAUAAGAAAGAAAGACAGCUUCUGAAACGUGCUCAAAUGCAAGCUGCUCGAAGCUUUGUACCUUCGAAUUAUCAUAACACAUUCAUGUUUGCACCACCGCAACAUCAUUUUGUGGCUGGUGGUGUCGCGUCGCAUGCACCUUCGUCGUCGUGGCUAUAUACCAUGCAAGGAGCGAGUUCAGGAGAUCGUAGUCAUCAGCAUCAGGCGAGAGUUGGUGGAUUCAACAGAGGUAGCGAUUGUAGUGAAGGAUUUGGUUUAAAUUUGCGUCUUGGUUUGUAA